UUUCCUUUUCCACAUAAAGUUGUUUUUGCCAGAAAAGCCUGUUAGCUGUGGAUAUAGAAUAGUUUGGAGUUUUUAUUUAAUUUCAGAGAGUUUUGGAGGCAGUAAAGCCUUCAGUGAAAUGUUACAUCACUGACGCACAUAUUUCUUCAUGCUUGGUUGCAAGUCUCAGUUUUAGUUGAAGUCUUAUACAGUAGCCUCGUUUCGUUCAGGGAGUAGCUCCGUCCCUCCGUCUCUUCUCCGGACAAUGUGGCUCUCCCACCUCGCGCUGCUGCUGCUGCUCCGGUUCUCCGGUGUGCUGGUGGAGGGGAUCAACACGUGCCAGUUCAUCAACCUGGACGAGCAGAAGUCCCGACGCAUCGAGGCGGUCCGCGGACAGAUCCUCAGCAAGCUCCGCAUCCGCAGCCCGCCGGACCUGACCAAGGGCGGGUCGUAUGGCUCGGUGCCUCCGGAGGUCAUGCUGCUGUAUAACAGCACGCGGGAGCUGCUGAAGGAGCGCGCGCGUCUGGCCGAAUCUGCGUGCGAGCGCGAGAGCAGCGAGGAGGACUAUUAUGCCAAAGAGGUGCAGCGGAUUGACAUGCUGCCCCCCCGCACCGACACAAAUGCGGUGCAGCCAGUAGCCCCUAACCCUCAUUACAGAGUUGUCCUCUUUGACGUCAGUGGAGUGGAUCUGACCAACAGCACCCUGGUGAAAGCUGAAUUUAGGAUCUUCAGAGCUCCCAACCCGCAGGCCCGGGCCUCAGAGCAGCGAGUAGAGAUCCAUCAGCUGCUGAAGCCAGAUGAAGAAAGCAUCUCCACUCAACGUUAUAUCGACUCCCGCACCGUUCAGCCGCGGGCGAAGGGAUCCUGGAUAUCUGUGGAUGUCACAGAAACUGUAAAGGACUGGGUGUCAGAUUCAGAGCAUAAUCUAGGCCUGAGGCUGGGUGUCCACUGUCCCUGCUGCACCUUUGUCCCGUCCACCAACAACAUUGUACCCAAUAAGAGUGAAGAACUGGAGGCGCUCUUUGCAGGUGUAGAUGAUGAGCAGCUUCGUCAGAUUAGAAAGCCGGGUCAGGUUAAAGGCCAACCAGACUUCAGCACCAAGACGCCCCACCUCAUCCUCACCCUGCUGCCCAGCGACAGAGUAGACAACCCAGCCAAGAAGAACCGCAAGAAGAGGGCAGCAGCCACAGACACCACAACCUGCACCCGUGGUUCAGAUCAGGGCUGCUGCCUGCGCUCGCUCUACAUCGACUUCAGACGUGACCUCAACUGGAAGUGGAUCCACGAGCCCAAAGGUUACAAAGCCAACUUCUGUGCUGGCAACUGCCCUUACCUCUGGAGUGCAAACAACCACUACAACAUGAUCCUGCCCCUGUACAACAAGCUGAACCCCGAAGCCUCCGCCACUCCCUGCUGCGUUCCCCAGGACCUGGAGCCCCUCACCAUCAUGUACUUCAUCGGCCGAACCCCACGUGUCGAACAACUCUCCAACAUGGUCGUCAAAUCCUGCAAGUGCCGCUGA